AGUAACCCCAACACGACCCUCCACCCAUUGGACAAACUCCCAAAAGUAGUACACCCAAUUCCCCACCUCAUCUCCUCCUCACCCCCCAUCCUCUUCUCUUAUUCACCUCUUCAUUGCACCCCCCCACCCGUCUCUCUCUCUCUCCCCCUCCUCUCUCUCUCUGUCUAACACUCUAAAACGCCUUCGACCGGCCCUAACACAGCAGCAGCAACAACAACAACACGUACGUUCCAAGACUAAAGAACAAAGAAAGAAGCAAAGAAGGGGACCGGUAUGAGUGGCAGUACGAGCAGCAGUGUGGGUGGAAGCGGUGGUGGCGGUGCAGGUGGUGGCGGAGGUAGCGGAGGUGGUGGUGGUGGUGGGCCGUGUGGAGCUUGUAAGUUCUUGAGGAGGAAGUGUGUGAGCGGGUGCAUUUUCGCACCGUAUUUUGAUUCAGAGCAAGGGGCGGCGCACUUCGCUGCGGUGCACAAGGUGUUCGGGGCCAGCAAUGUGUCCAAGCUCCUCCUCCACAUCCCUGCCCACAAGCGCCUCGACGCUGUCGUCACCAUCUGCUACGAGGCCCAGGCCCGCCUCCGUGACCCCGUCUACGGCUGCGUCGCCCACAUCUUCGCCCUCCAACAACAGGUGGUGAACCUCCAGGCGGAGCUGUCCUACUUGCAGGCCCACCUCGCGACGCUCGAGCUGCCGACCCCACCGCCGCCUCCCCCUCCACCGCAGCUCCCCUCACCGCCACCCUUCUCGAUAUCAGAUCUCCCCUCCUCGUUGAACCUGCCUGCCACCGUCGAUCUCUCCGCCCUCUUCGACCCUCAGGUGCAGCCCCACUGGUCCCUUCAACAGCAGCAGCAACGGCCAAUAGAGCUCCGGCAGCAGCUCGGCCCCGGUAGGAGAAGCCUCAGCGAGGGCUCGGGAGGUAGCAGUGGGGACCUGCAGGCACUGGCGAGGGAGCUCCUCGACCGGCAAAGGACCGCCACAACCGAGCCCCCUCCCCUCUCCAAAUGAUCCGAUGCAGUGACUCAACGCGUCUGCUGGCUUCCCGGCGAUAACAAUUAUUAGUGUCGGCAGGUGACCGGAGAUCCAGGAUCCACUUGCUUAUAUAUUGUACGGAGAAGGAUGAACUAGUUCUUUUUCCCCACUGUUUCAUUGCUUCAAAAUUAAGCUUUGGUUGAAACUGAGCUGAUGGAAUCCAAUGGACUAUAAUUGAGGCAAAAAAGUGAGAUAUUAUCGUUUUAGAAAGGCUAAUUGAGCUUCCAGUCUGUAGCCUAUCUUUAGGAGGGGAUUGGUAGGGCCGGUUGAACUCACUUUGUUGUUCACCAUGAUCAAGAAGGAGCAGCGGGUUUGCUUUAAAUGGGGCAUAUAUAUUGCUUUCAAAUUAGAUUGAAAUAAAUGAUGAUGUUUAUGGGGAUCAAUGAUUGCCCAA